AUGAACUCCGCAAUCAUCGUCCUGGCUUUGUUAGUUUUCGCGGCUGCGGCAAGCGGCGCAGACGAUGAAUCCAAUUACGCUAGAGCGCUGGAUGAAAGCAGAAAACCAAAGUGCAGGGUAAGUAGCUAAAACGCGAAUUUCUAUGGUCAGAAAUUUGUCCGUGUAUACGAUAUAUAGUACACACCACCACUGUGUUACUAUUAAACUAAUCCAUCCCAAUUCUCAGGUCCAUCUGAACCCCGCUCUCCAUGUUUUCAUGGACAGAAUCUGCGUGCUCUGCGAGAGAAUGUUCGCUGAUCAGAUUCAAAACGUCAAGGCCGAAUGCGUCGCCAAUUGUUUCAAGUCCGACAGAUUCAGAUAUUGCCUCAACGUCUUCAGACCCCUUCCCAAUGCUGAUUGGUAAUCAUUUUUAAGAUAUAACAAUGUCAACGGAAUAAAUAUAUUGCAAAGGAAAUGAAAAAAAGUCAGACAGGUGUCUGCAAUCGCAGAUUCGGCGUUCAAUUGCCCGCUUUUCUUGCGCAACAAGCCCUUUUUCUCCUCGUUCUUCCAAACCUUUCUCUAACUUCCUCGCCCCGAAAGAGAACCCAUUUGUUUUCCUGGAAAGGGAAAGCAGAGCAGAUCCAAAUUCCACCGUGUCUUUAUCGCUUCUCGGCCUUUUGGCUAAGAUCAAAGUGUAGUAUCUGUUCUUAUCGGUUUAAUCUCCGGUACGACUUCUAUUGAAGUCAUUCGAGAUUAACAGAUUUUUGGGACCAGCGGAGUUGUGAAGGCUUGCCUUCCGCUCGGCACGGGUCGGCCCGGUCUUGCACUGCUUCCGGGAACGGCCCAGAUAUUAUUUAUUAUUACAAACCCGUGGAAAAUUAGUUUCAAUGGGUGAUAUUUAUCGUGCGAUGAUACUAUAUGCUAUAACACGUUGCAAAACAAAUAAAACCAGCAGCGUUUAUCUAUCAAACAUGCUGCAAAAUUGUUGUAAACAAGCUCUAAAAGCACGCCAAAAGGGGUUGUUUGAUACUUCAAACCGAAAACUCAUUAAAUCCUCACAUAAAAACAUGGGAAACUGGUUUAUGGCCCCUUGAAAUCGCUGGCACUUUGAAAAAACAAAGGAGGUCAAAGCUUACAUUGGCAACAAAAAUUGUUGAAAAAAUCGCUGAAAACAAGCAGUAAAAAUAUUAAAAUUUCCGGUUACAAACCCCUUUCAAUUAUUGUUCCCCAAAAAAUUUAUGAUUUCCUUCUUGGCGGUGUAAUUUAUACCCGUAAAUCCUUUCCCGAAACCUGAUAUCCGCUCCCUUUGUGGUGCCUAAUAAAGACAAACAUGAUAGAUUUCCCGUCUUGCCCUGAGGGGAAAUUCUUGGCAGUGUCUGAAAUUGUAACAAAAAAUUUUUAGUGUUAUGUCAUUAAUAAGCAUAAUCUAUAUUCUUUUGUUGAUUGUAAAAUACGUUGCAUCUUCUUCACACGAGCGGAGAUUGUACGAAGAUUUGCUGAGGGAUUACAGUACCAAUGAGAGGCCAAUCUACAACUAUUCGAAGCCCAUUACUGUCAGCUUGAAAGUGGCUUUGCAACAGCUGAUCGAUGUGGAUGAAAAAAAUGAAAUGGUCAAUGUGAAUGCGUGGCUCAAUUUUGUAAGUGGCCUUGACAGUUUUUCUUCACUUACAUCCCUCCCGGAAACAAGAAAUUUUUUCAAAAAUGAAUUCGAAAACAUGACCUUAGGCUUGGAACGACUACAAACUCCGAUGGGACCCAACAGAAUACGGUAACAUCACUGAUCUCAGAUUCCCAGUCUCCAUGGUUUGGAAACCCGGUAGGCAUAUUUUCGCCCCAUACAAAGAUCGCUUGAUAUUGACAAUAUUGUGGAUUUAGAUGUUCUCCUCUACAACAGUGUGGACACAACUUUUGAUUCCACUUUUCCCUCAAAUGUGAUCGUCUAUAACUCCGGUUCGGUUGUGUGGAUCCCUCCGGGGAUUUUCCGGAUCUCUUGCAAAAUUAAUAUCCGAUUCUUUCCUUUUGAUGAACAAAGAUGUAGUUUCAAGUUUGGGUCAUGGACAUACAGUGGGAGAAGAUUGGAUCUACAGCCAGCAGAAGGGGGAUUCGAUGUCAGCGAAUAUAUUGAGAACGGGGAAUGGACUAUUCAAGGUGAGUUUGGGUGCCAUUUGUCGCAAAAAUUAUGUCUGAUUUUUACUCAAUAUUCUAUAUGAUUGUAUAUACAUACGAGAAUUCAAGCAAGAGUUUUCUACCUCCAAUUUCACCGGCUUUCCUUGCGCAACAAGCCCUUUUCUCCUCGUUUUUCCAAAUCUUUCUCUAACUUCCUCGCCCCGAAAGAGAACCCAUUUGUUUUCCUGGAAAGGGAAAGCAGAGCCGAUCCAAAUUUCCCCGUUCCUUUAUCGCUUCUCGGCCUUUUGGCUAACAGGGGAAGUACUUCAAGUGUGACGCUCAGAUUUUCUUUAAAUUUUGCACACACCACGGGUAUGGACUAAAUAUCAAUUCCUGAAAGUUUUAGCUCGCGCUUUGCGGGCGCCGCCGAGAUAUUGAACGAUUUUUGCCGCCGAGAGAGCACGCUCAACGUGGAGAGCGGUCAGAGAGAAAACCGCUUUUUGGCCAUAACUUUGGCAGUUUCGUGCGGAAAAAUUUGAUUUUUUGUAGAAACAUUAUUCUUUACGGUUGAAAUAGGCAUGAAACUUUUCGUGCCGAAAUUCGGCAAAAAGUCCCAAAUUUUCGCCGACUUUCGAUCUAAAAAUCUCGGUUGUUUCUGCAAAGCGCGAGCUAGGAUUCCCGCAUAUAUCUUAGAAAAAAUUAUUCUAAAUUUGUGCCAAGUUUCAUCAAAAUCUGAGCGUCACACUUCAAGUACUUCCCUUGUAAGAUCAAAGUGUAGUAUCUGUUCUUAUCGGUUUAAUCUCCGGUACGACUUCUAUUGAAGUCAUUCGAGAUUAACAGAUUUUUGGGACCAGCGGAGUUGUGAAGGCUUGCCUUCCGCUCGGCACGGGUCGGCCCGGUCUUGCACUGCUUCCGGGAACGGCCCAGAUAUUAUUAUAACAAGCUGAUGAAAUCUCAAUUUCAUUGGCUUCUCAGCUGAUGGAGGUGUCAUUGAACUAGAGUCACCAAACAAUUAAUAAAAUGCGUCCUCUGUUUUUAAAAUGAAAUUUUUUCCGAUUUCCAGAGACCAAGGUAACUCGUAAUGAGAAGUACUACGAAUGCUGUCCAAAUGAUCCUUAUUUGGAUGUCACCUUCUCCCUUCAACUUCGUCGCCGGACUCUUUAUUAUGGGUUUAAUCUGAUCAUGCCGGGUAUUCUGACCACCACGGUCACCCUUCUCGGAUUCUCGUUGCCGCCGGACGCUGGAGAGAAGAUCACUUUACGUAUGUCCAUAGUAUGAAAAUGGUUGUAAAAUACGAUCAUGUCAAUGUUUACGGCUAUUUGUAGAAAUCACGGUUCUUUUGUCGAUCUGCUUCUUCUUGACCAUGCUCUCAGAGAUGUCCCCGCCCACUUCCGAGGCCGUCCCUUUGCUCGGCCUCUUCUUUUCCAGCUGCCUUAUAGUAGUUACCUUGUCCACAAUGUUUACAGUAUACGUUAUGAAUCUACAUUACAGUAAUCCGACUACACAGAGGAUGGGACCUUGGGUAAGAGAAUUUUUUAGCUUAUGUUACAUAUUUAAAAUACGGUAACUGUUCUCUUUCAGACACAAAAAUUAUUACUGCAAUGGAUUCCAUAUUUAUUGAGGAUCAAAAGGCCAGGAGUUGAAUUGAAAUGGAAAGAUUUGCCGCCAUUAUUUAGGGAGGAGAAGGAAGGAAAUGGAUGCACUCAAUUGAUUCGGAAUGUAAUGUCAAUCGAAAAGGGAUUACAGUAAGUUUAAUGGUAUCUUUUUCGAGUUAUAGUUCUUAUCAAAAGUUCUAAAAAUAUGCAGGUAAAAAAUUAAAAAAUUUGGGAACUGAGGAUGACAUCAUCUCCAACAAAACAAGUUUUUCUCCCCGACAGUGCAGGAGAUAUCUGUAAAAAAAUAAUUUUCUUUGAUUGAAUUCUCUAAUUAUCUAUCGGAUUAUAGUCAUCUGCUUCUGAAAAGCCAUAGCUAAAAUUUUCAGGAUUAAAAACAGGCAUCCUUGAAUACUUCAAUAAAAUUUUUUAAAUUCCAAUUUUCAAAAUAAGAAUCCUCCAUUUGCAGAGGUUCAUGUGAGUCAGGCGAGCUGCUCCGGCCCUUCAUGAAGAGGAAUCAGUCCAAAUUAUCUCUAGAAAAUAUCGAAAGCAUCGUCAAAAAUGGCCUACCAAGUAUUCAAGCCAGUCUAAUAUUAUCGCUUCAAGACAUCCUCGACGAAGUCACUGUGAGUUCAAAGUUUGAACAAAAUUUUUGAAGAGAUCAUUUUACAUUAUUUUACACUGCAAUUCAGACUGUAACCGACAAAAUUUUGAUGGACGAAACGGAUAAAGCGGAGGCGCGAGACUGGAGAUUUGCGGCGUUGGUGGUGGAUAAGCUCUGUCUUCAUGUCUUCACGUUCUUCAUUUUCGGUACAGUGAUCGGCGUUAUGAUGAUGGCACCGUAUUUGGUCGCCUAA